UCAAGGACGUUUUUCGUCUGGGCUCGUAGAGAGAAAAACAAACAAACCAACAAACAAACAUUAAACUUUAUAUUAUAGAUUUUAGUUUUCAUUUUCAAGCGUAGCACACAAAUGAGGAUAUUGCAAGCUGAUCUUUUAAUGAAUACAUUUACCUGCAGCUGCUCAUACCCUUAGCAAUAUUUUUGACCAAUAACAGAUUGCCAUGAAUACACCCCACUCCAACCUGUUUUUUGAGAACAAAAAUUUUCAAUGUGUGUUAAGGUUAGUUUGCAUAUUGUGUCCAAACGACGUGGUCGCUCUAUAAGAUCUCUACUUCAGUCUAGAAUAAAUCUUAGCAUCGUCUCAAAAUAUUUUGUGUGUUUCAGUGAUUCAGGUUCAGCGUUUUUAGUUUUUGUUGUUGUCGAAAAAAUGAACUCUUCUUCAAAUAUUUCUCUUUCAUUUAUGCGAACAACCAACGAUCGCGAUGGAUCGCGAAAGGAAAAUGCUGGGUGCACGAAUCAUUCAAUAAGUGCAAGACGAAAAACUACGUUCUUCAAUCCACAAACGGCGUCACUGGCGUCGAUAUCUGGAAGAAGGCAAACUAUGUUCAUCGAUACCCCGAAUUUACCAACAAAGAAGUCGAAAAAUUCAAUUUCGAUUAAUACAUCUGGUAACCUAAAGAAAGCUGGACCAAGUUUGGCCAAACAAAAAAACAUUGUAGUGAAGACAACCGGUUCUCGACUACCAACACCGUUAUUACCAAUCAAAACUGCUGCAGAACGAUCACAUAUAUCGAAUACCAAAGGUAAAAUCACAAACGAUUCAAUGGCACUAAAGUCCAAAGAUUAUUUGAAAAACAUACCAAAUCGUGGAGAUUGGCAACCUUCUUCAAAUCAAUCAUCAUUUUCACAUCAAGAACGCAGGUCCUCGUUGUAUGGAGCUAUAACACCAUUAAAACGUUCAAAGUCAUCAUCACAUCGACGAGACUCUUCACCACAUCGACGUGACUCUUCACCACAUCGACGUGACUCUUCAUCACAUCGACGUGACUCUUCAUCACAUCGACGUGACUCUUCAUCACAUCGAAGUGACUCGUCAUCACAUCGGCGUGACUCGUCAUCAAAACGACAUUCAACAUCCUCCGAAAGCUCGGCAAAUCGUUUGGUGGUUGUUCAAACUCACAAAUCCACGAAAAAGCGAUUGUCAAAAGAAAGAGAUCACCCGAACUUUAAUGAAAAGAAGAUCUGUUUGACCGAAAUCAUGUCUGAAAAAUCGGUACUCAGCACGGCUCCUGGCAUGUCACUGAAAGUUGAUAGGAAGACAUCCGCAACACUCAACAAUUCAUCAAAUCUAGGAGUAAAUUCAGAAGACUACAAAACCCGAAAGCAAUCUAAAUCUGUUAGUACAAAAGAAACGCCAGCAGACAAAAUCAAAUGUUUCAUCCGUCCAAAAGAUUCAAAAAGAAUUGGAAGUACUACUACCGCAAUCGAGAAUCAGGACCCUCAACACAAAGAUGAUAUAUGGAAUCCAACACUGACACUUCGCCGCUUGAAUGUCGAUUCCUUAAAAAGACAUGGAAAAAGUUCGAGAGAAAUCGUUGUCAGUGACGACUGUUACACUGUUCACAGCGUAGAUGGAAAGUUUAUAAUAAAAAGCAAAGAAAAUCAUCGUCUAAAUUCCGAAGGUCAGCAAAACUGGCAAUCUGCUGGUAAAGCCAACGAUGAGAUCUUUGUGACUCACAUAGAAACUCGUAGCAUCUCACAGCAGACGGAGAAGAGAGCGUUCACUCGAGAUGUAGGUGUACAAAAGUUCGACAAAGAAGCAGAAAAACAGGCUAGGCAAAAUAAAAACUCAAUCAAUUUGUUUACUGAGUCAGUCAAAGAGUAUGAAACGGCAGUACUCGAGCAGCAACAGUCUAUCGAUGGUCUGCAUCAAAUUGUAAGCGAAAGGGAAAAUACAAUAGCAGAACGAGAACGGAUGAUAGCGGAACGCGACUUAAAGAUUAUGGAGCGUGAACAAAUGAUUGCAGAGCGUGAUUUUAAGAUUGCAGACCGCGACCUGAAGAUCAAAGAAUAUGAAGAAAAACUUAAAUUGCAGGAAAAUAAUUUUCAUGUCAUGGCACUUCAGAUAGAUAGUCUGAAACAGUCUAAGGAAAACCUUUCCAAAUUGUUUAAGGAGCAAGAGGCGAAAUUAAAAGAUUUAACCAAGGACGAUCCGGCCCCUGCGGCGGAAACAAGCAGAACGAUCAGCAAGAUAUUACCAAUAAGAGUCCGAAACAUCGAAGAAAUGAGAAAUGUUUCAUCGACUACUGCUCCAGCAAACUCGCAACAUUCUCAUACUCUGUCGGUAAAUGCAGUGAAUCCCACAAAUGCAAUAAGAAAUUCCACCUCACCAGCUGAAAGUUUUGCGGGUUUUCCGAACGGCCUUGGAUGGAAUAUAGACACGACCCUACACAGCCCGACCCAAUUCUCAACCCAAGCAUCUGGACCGCAAUCAAUGGAAUAUUUGCAAAUGGUUAUACCUUCCACGUCGUACAUGUAUAUGCACAAUGCACAACACACAAUACAGCCCACGACUUCGGCAGGAAAUAGUUCUGACGCACAGCCCACGACUUCGGCAGCAAAUACCUAUGACGCACAGCCCACGACUUCGGCUGCAAAUACCUAUGGCACACAGCCCACAAUGCCGAAAACACCGAAACCGGCAAAUGCAACUCCACAUCAAAAUCUACCUAGGAUAAUUCAACGAUCUGUGCAAGACAGAUCAGUCCUGCCGCGACCAUCGAAUCAAGUAAAUUCAGCAGCGCAGAAUGGCUCGCAUGAUCACGUUUCCGGUUUUACUCAGGGCGGUUCUAAUCAGCAGCCUCGUGUCAUAUCUCAAAUACGAGGCAGAGCUAAGACCGUCUACUAUGGAUCGCCAGCAUUGCAGCAACCAUUCCAACCCCAUCAGGCAUUGCUGCCGCAUCAAGUAUUGCAACAAUCACAUCAUACUGUGCAGCAGGCUCCUUCACAAUCAAGCAACGUGUACCAUUGCAGGAGAUAAUUGGGAAUUUGCUUUAGAUUUAAUUCUUAAGUAUAGCAACUAUGAAUACUAUGAGUAUACCGUGUUACUAUUUCUUUCAACUAAAAUGCAUCCAAGUAAACUCGUGUUUCGAUUUUAAUCACUUUCCAAAUAA